AAAACGCUUCCACUUGCAUUGCUAAGCUGAUCCAUCACAUACUGCAAACACUCACUCGUCUUCUUCCAUGGACUAUCAAAAUUAAAUUUUGUUAGCGCAGCUCCCACUCCACCUUGCCUCUAUCAGAAACAAAGAACCUCGAUUCUCGUGCGACCUCUUCUCUUCUCUUUCCUUCACUUCCACCUCUCUCUCUUUUUAGCUUUAAUAAAUCUCAAACACUCCUGUAUAUAUGUGUCAUGUUCCUCUCACUUCUCUCUUAUUCUCUUUCUCUCGGUAAUUUGUUCAAUCUUCAACAGGCAACUUCUGGUUAAGCUAAACCCCCAAGUUUUUUUUAUGGAUAUGAACAUGGGGAACCACAGCAACACCGGUUCUUUUUCUACUCAGAAUUGGCUCGCUUUCUCUCUUUCCAACUUUGAACAACAUCAAGGUGCAGGUGCAGGUGCAGGCACGACCGUGUUCGAUAAAGCCCCGAGGCUCGAGGAUUUUCUUGGCGGUUCCUCCACCGUAUCCGGCGCUGGUACUGCACCCGUGGACGUGACUGUCCCCCACAACGAGAUAUAUGACUCCGAGCUUAAAACCAUAGCUGCUAGCUUCCUUCGAGGGUUUUCAUCUGAAAAUAAACCACAACAGGCGGUGCCGACGGCUGAGCCGGCACCGAGAAAAACUACUGAUAGUUUCGGCCAACGUACAUCUAUCUACAGAGGAGUCACCAGACAUAGAUGGACCGGAAGAUAUGAAGCUCACCUAUGGGACAAUAGUUGCAGAAGAGAAGGCCAAAGUAGGAAAGGAAGGCAAGUUUAUCUGGGUGGGUAUGACAAGGAAGAUAAAGCAGCAAGAGCUUAUGAUCUUGCAGCUCUAAAGUACUGGGGUCCGACCACCACUACAAACUUCCCGAUUUCUAACUACGAGAAGGAACUAGAAGAGAUGAAGAACAUGGCCAGGCAAGAGUUUGUUGCUUCACUACGAAGGAAAAGCAGUGGAUUUUCUAGGGGUACCUCGAUCUACAGAGGGGUCACAAGGCAUCAUCAACAUGGGAGGUGGCAGGCAAGAAUUGGAAGAGUUGCAGGAAACAAAGAUCUCUACCUGGGCACAUUUACCACCCAAGUAGAGGCAGCUGAGGCCUAUGAUAUUGCUGCAAUCAAGUUCCGGGGGUUAAAUGCAGUGACGAACUUCGACAUGAGCCGGUAUAACGUAAAAAGCAUCGCCAACAGUAAUCUUCCCAUCGGUGGCCUUAGCGGCAAAUCCAAGGCUUCCGAUGCUAAGAUCACCUCGGUCACCGACAACGACAACAGAGAUCUCUCUUCUGCUGCAGGCUCCAAUCUCAGCAGCUUUGCAGUUCCCAUCAAGCAAGACCAUUCCGAUUAUUGGUCGAAUAUCUUCGGAAACGGCAUCGGUACAACAAGGCACCCUAGUGUCACAGUUGCACCAACUAGCAUGUUACAAACUCCGGCCAGCUUCGGUUUCGAUUACGGAUUGAAUUCGGCAGUCACCGAGAGCAUCAACAACAGAGGUGAUUACAAUGUUAGUUCAUCGACUGUAUUCGCUACACCGCUCGUAAUAAACAACAAUGGCAACGGCAUCAACCAUAGCUGGGACAUUGCGCAGCCAUUGCAUUCUUAUCAGACUGCAAAGCCAAGCCUCUCAGUGUUUCAGACGCCAAUAUUUGGCAUGGAAUGAGCUCACAGACAAGAAUUACAGCUGUGGAUAAAAAAC